UCCCAGAGGCCUCGGGGGAGUUUUUUGGCCGGGAAAGGUGCAAUUGUGUGCAGCUAUUCCUGCCAUGGAAGGGAUGGAGGAUGCAGAGGCCGACUGCUCUGUAGCGUUCGCGGAGGCUCAGAGAUGGGUGGAGGAAGUAACAGAGAAGAAUUUUGAAACACGGGAUUUUCGGGCCUCUCUAGAAAAUGGUGUUCUGUUGUGUGAUUUGAUUAAUAAGCUUAAGCCUGGAAUCAUUAAGAAGAUCAAUAGACUGUCCACACCAAUAGCAGGUUUGGAUAAUAUAAACGUAUUUUUGAAAGCUUGUGAACAGAUUGGAUUGAAAGAAGCCCAGCUUUUCCAUCCUGGGGAUCUACAGGAUUUAUCUAAUCGAGUCACUGUCAAACAAGAAGAGACUGAUAGAAGAUUGAAAAAUGUUUUGAUAACAUUGUACUGGCUGGGAAGAAAAACACAAAAUAACCCCUACUACAGUGGUCCCUAUCUUAAUUUGAAAGCAUUCGAGAAGCUUUUAGGACAAGCUCUGACUAAGGCACUUGAAGACUCCAGCUGCCUGAAAAGAAGUGGCCGGGACAGUGGCUACGGUGAUAUCUGGUGUUCUGACCGAGGAGAAUUUCCUGCUCCUCCAGGCAGCCAGAAGAGGGAAGAUUCCUUUGAAAGCUUAGACUCUUUGGGGUCCAGAUCAUUGACCAGCUGCUCCUCAGAUAUCACAUUGAGAGGAGGACGUGAAGGUUGCGAAAGUGACACAGAUUUGGAAUUUACAUUCAAAAUGCAGGAUUUUAACAAAGAUGAUAUGUCCUAUCGAAGGAUUUCAGCUAUUGAACCAAAAUCUGCUUUACCAUUCAAUCGUUUUUUACCCAACAAAAGUAGACAGCCAUCCUAUGUGCCAGCACCGCUGAGGAAGAAAAAGCCAGACAAAAAUGAGGAUAACAGAAGAAGCUGGGCAAGCCCUGUCUACACAGAGGCAGAUGGGACAUUUUCAAGUAUCCAGAGGAGAACUGGGAGCACCAAUGCAGAGAAUUGGGCAACAGUCCGAGAACCUUCAAACUCCUCUCAUUACUUGGAAGAGGAAGAAGAAAAACCAACAAGGUUACCCAACAUUGUCAAGGAUGAUCUGUAUGUGCGAAAGCUAACUCAAGUCAUGCCAAAUCCAGGGAAUUCUUUUGAUCAGUUUCUUCCCAAAUGCUGGAUUCCAGAAGAUGUGAACUGGAAAAGAAUAAAAAGGGAAACCUCUAAACCGUGGUAUAAAGAAUUUCAGGGAUUCAGAAGGAAUUCAGACUCUGAGGAUGAGGACUCGGGUUCAACCAUUUUUAGUAGAAUACAGAGAGAACAGUGUAGGCUAGAUGGCAACUGCCAGAGAUCUUCACUCUUGCUGGAACUAGCUACUCAACAGGCCAUAAAAUCACGGGACACACACACAGCGAGGAAAAGCAGUGGAGUCUCAGAGGAGCCCAGUCAGUUUUUAUUACUUCAGGCCCUCCAAACAUACUCUGAUGACAUCUUGUCUUCUGAAACAAAUAUCAGAAUUGAUCCCACUUCUGGCCCAAGGCUCAUAACCCGCAGAAAGAAUCUCUCUCAUGCACCAGGCUAUAGGGGAGAUGACUUUGAGAUGCCAACUCUGGAUCCCGACUUAGAAAAUGAUGAUUUCUUUGUGAGAAAGACUGGAGCUUUCCAUGCGAAUCCAUAUGUUCUCCGAGCUUUUGAAGACUUUGGAAGGUUCUCUGAGCAAGAUGAUUCUGUGGAGCGAGAUAUAAUUUUGCAGUGUAGAGAAGGUGAACUUGUACUUCCAGAUUUAGAAAAAGAUGACAUGAUUGUUCGCCGAAUUCCAGCACAGAAGAAAGAAGUGCCUCUGUCUGGGGCCCCAGAUAGAUACCAGCCAGUCCCUUUUCCUGAACCCUGGACUCUGCCUCCAGAAAUUCAAGCAAAAUUUCUCUGUGUACUUGAAAGGACGUGCCCAUCAAAAGAAAAAAGUAGUAGCUGUAGAAUAUUAGUUCCUUCAUAUCGGCAGAAGAAAGACGACAUGUUGAUUCGGAAGAUCCAGUCUUGGAAACUGGGAACUACAGUGCCUCCCAUAAGUUUUACCCCUGGCCCCUGCAGUGAGGCUGACUUACAGAAGUGGGAGGCCAUCCGGGAGGCUAGCCGACUUAGGCACAAGAAACGACUGAUGGUUGAGAGACUCUUUCAAAAGAUUUAUGGUGAGAAUGGGAGUAAGUCCAUGAGUGACGUCAGCGCAGAGGAUGUUCAGAACUUGCGUCAAUUGCGUUAUGAGGAGAUGCAGAAAAUUAAAUCACAAUUAAAAGAACAAGAUCAGAAAUGGCAGGAUGACCUUGCAAGAUGGAAAGAUCGUCGGAAAAGUUACACUUCAGAUCUACAGAAGAAAAAAGAAGAGAGGGAAGAAAUUGAAAAGCAAGCACUUGAGAAGUCUGAGAGAAGCUCCAAGACAUUUAAGGAAAUGCUGCAGGACAGGGAAUCUCGAAAUCAAAAGUCUACAAUUACAUCUAGGAGGAUGUAUUCCUCCGAUGAUGUUUUGAGUGAUGAAGAGCUACCUGCUACUCUGACUCAGUCCGAAGCCAGUUAUCAGAGCGAGAGAGUGGAAGAGGAGGGAACAACACAUCCUCCUGAGACUCCUAAAGAAGAGCCUAUAACUUUUAUGGAAAGACAGGACAGUGUAGCAUCUGAAGUUCAGUUUCCUUCUACAAGCUCUGCAGAAUACCCAGCCUCUUUGUCUUCUCAGCGUUCCCUGAGUAUGCAAAUAGAGUCAACUCGAGUUUCAUCUUCUCUCCCUAGAAGUUACCAGAAAACUGAUACAGCCAGGUUAACAUCUGUGGUCACACCGAGACCUUUUGGCACACAGUCAAGGGGAAUCUCAUCACUCCCUAGAUCCUUCACGAUGGAUGAUGGCUGGAAGUAUAAUGGAGAUGUGGAAGGUAGUAAGAGAAUCCAAAAUAAUUCAUUCAACACACCUGCCCAGAAGCCUGACAAUAGCCAGUUGGUCUCAAGCUCAUCCAGCAAGAGCCAGGCAGCUGCAGGAGAAGGCCCAAACUCAGUGUCUGAGUCGGGAGAAGGAAGAAAUUCACCACAAAGAGAGGUCUCCAGGUCCCAGGAUCAGUUCAGUGAUAUGAGAAUCAGCAUAAACCAGAUGCCUGGGAACAGCCUUGACUUUGGGUUUACAAUAAAAUGGGAUUUUUCCAGGAUCUUUGUGGCAUCAGUUGAGGAAGGUAGCCCAGCAGAAUUUUCUCAGCUACACGUAGAUGAUGAGAUUAUUGCUGUUAACAACAUCAAGUUUACAUAUAAGGAUACAAAAGAGUGGGAGGAAACCAUGGCUCGUGCUCGAGAAACUGGAAACCUAGUGAUGGAUGUCAGGCGCCAUGGGAAGUCUGAUUGGGGCAAAGACCAGCCUUCCCUGCCAUUUAUACGGCAUAAAACCCUCAAUCUCACCAGUAUGGCUACCAAAAUUAUAGGUUCACCUGAAACAAAGUGGAUUGAUACAACUUCUGGAAUUUACAAUUCAGACAAGUCUUCAGAUUUAUCAGUAACAACUGAUUUCUCCGAAAGCCUUCAGAGCCCUACUUACACUGAAUCCAAAGAAAUCAAUGGAAUUCAUGAUGAAAGCAACACUAUUGAAUCAAAAGCAUCUGAACCCAUUUCUUUGAAAAACUUAAAAAGACGAUCACAAUUUUUUGAACAAGCAGGAAGCUCUGACUCUGUGGUUCCUGAUCUUCCAGUUCCAACCCUCAGUGCCCCCAGUCGCUGGGCAUGGGAUCAAGAGGAGGAGCGAAAGCGGCAGGAGAGGUGGCAGAAGGAGCAGGACCGUCUACUUCAGGAAAAAUACCAACGUGAGCAAGAGAAACUGAGGGAAGAGUGGCAAAGGGCUAAGCAGGAGGCUGAGAGAGAGAAUUCCAAGUACUUGGAUGAGGAACUGAUGGUCCUAAACUCAAACAGCAUUUCUCUGACCACACGGGAACCUGCCAUUGCCACUUGGGAGGCCACCUGGAGUGAAGGGUCCAAGUCUUCUGACAGGGAAGGAACUCGAGCAGGAGAGGAGGAGAGGAGACAGCAGGAAGAGGAUGUUGUUCAUGAGGACCAAAGACAGAAGCUGCAGGAACAAUUCAUUCUUGAGAGAGAGGGGAAACUGAAGGAGCAACAAGCUCAGGAAGAACAGGAGAAGAAACAGCGGGAGGCUGAGGCUGAGGCGCAGAAGCACCGUGCAGAAGAGCAGAAGCGCCAGGCAGAGAUAGAGAGGGAAACUUCUGUCAAAAUAUACCAGUACAGGAGGCCAGUUGAUUCUUAUGAUAUACCAAACAAAGAGGAAGAAUCUUCAGGUUUUCUUCCUAGUGACAGGAAUAAAUCCAGAUCUACUACUGAAUUGAAUGAUUACUACACAAAUAAAAAUGGAAGCAACAAAUACUUGGACCAAAUUGGGGGUACAGGCUUUUCACAGAGAAGCUCCAAGAAAGAUUCAACCCCCUCAGAAGCAGAGCUGGAGAGACAGCAGAUUCUCCAGGAAAUGAGAAAGAGAACAUCCCUUCACCAUGACAAUAGCUGGAUCCGACAGCGUAGUUCCAGCAUAAAUAAAGAGCCCAUCUGUCUGCCUGGGGUCAUGAGAAGAGGUGAGUCUCUAGAUAACCUGGACUCCUCCCGAUCUGCUUCUUGGCGACAGUCCCCUUGGCUUGGUCAGCCUGCAGGCGUCUAUGCUUCUUCCUCUGUUCAAGACUUCAGUCGCCCACCACCUCAGCUGUUGUCCACAUCCAACCGUGCCUACAUGCGGAACCCAUCCUCCAGUGUGCUGCCUCCUUCCGCUGGCCCUGGGAAGGCCACCACGGGCGGAGUCACCAACCAGACCCCUGCCCCUCGCAGCCAUUCCCCUUCCACUCCACAGCCACAGCCACAGCCAGGCACUCAGCCCCGCAGCAGGUCAGUCAGUGGGAAGCGAGUGUGCUCCUACUGUAAUAACAUUCUGGGCAAAGGAGCUGCCAUGAUCAUCGAGUCCCUGGGUCUUUGUUAUCAUUUACAUUGUUUUAAGUGUGUGUCCUGUGAGUGUGACCUCGGAGGUUCUUCCUCAGGAGCCGAAGUCAGAAUCAGAAACCACCAACUGUACUGCAACGACUGCUAUCUCAGAUUCAAAUCUGGACGGCCAACUGCCAUGUGAUGUAAGUCUCCAUAUGAAAGCACUGUUGCAGAUAGAAGAAGAGGUGCUUGCUGCUGAUGUAGAUCUAUAAAUAUGUGUCUGAUGUCUUUUUUGCUCUUUUUUAAAAAAGAAUAACUCUUCUCCUUCUUCUUUUUGCUUUAUUAGAUUAUGUAGGACCAUUAUAGUCUUGGUAGACCCUAUAUUUUUGUUUGUUUAUUUAUAAGAAGGUAAUUUUGUGUGGAAAAAGUGCAGUAUUUACUUUUUUGAAGACAGCAUCAUAAAAGCACAAGGGAAAAAAUAAGAACUUAAAAAUAUUUUUGAGGCUGAUGAUGAUCAAGUUUUGACUAUUUAGUGGUGUUUUGAAGAGGGUAUUUUAUUGUUUUUUUUAAAAAGUUCUUAAAACAUUAUUUGAAAUAGUUAAUAUAAAUAUAUAAUUGUACUUGCUCUGUUUAUUGUAUACUAAGUUAAUGUGGAAACACAUGAAAAUUUUCAUUUAAAUCCAUCCCUAAAUUUGCUUUCUGUAUCCUUUUUUUCCACCUAUGUAAUAUGAUUGAAAGAAAUUUUUAGCUUAUGUAACAUUUUAUUUUGCUUGAUGAGGAGAGCUCAGUUUUCUUCACCAGAACGGUUGCUAAGCAAUUCAGUAGAAAGCUGCUUAUUUUCACUAAUGAAAAAUAACCAUGGUUUGUAUCCUAAAAGUUUUCUUCAGAACCUAAUGAGCCUUUCUGUUCAGCUGCAUUUGUAAAUAAACUUGCUGAUGCAUUUAA